GUCGUAUAAUUAUUAAUCACGCCUUGACGAACGCGCAAGAUGCCUCAGCGCAGCACGUAAGUUUCUGGUGCUGCAGUGUGUAACUUAACGAGGCAUAUGGUUCGCUCGACCUCGAUUCUCAAAAUCAGAAAAUGAUUUUGUAUUGAUCUUGCAGUCGGAAUCUCUUACUGUGCGUGACUGGCUAGAUGUAUUGAUGGAUACCGCAUUAUCAUUCAUUCAUCAGAAAAUCAAUUCUGAAUUCUCCCUUGCUUUUGGGACAUUCACGACGCAACGGCUCUUUGGUAUUUUGAAAGUUUACGUACCUAAAGCUCCUUUAGUGCGUAGGCAACUAGGCACCGCUUCGCAAGGUAAGGUUGCUCCUGAAACCAAACAAACGAAUUAUUAGUUUUCAGGUAAUUAGCCAGUCUGUAGUUUGUAUUUUGUUUAGUGAUAAUUCGGAUUGCCAACUAUACAACGUGUAAUCAUACAAACCGCGGAAGAAACAAUGGGUAUCUGCAUGACUACUGGUAAGACUAUACGAUGACACCGGAUUCAGUAGAAAACGACACUGAAAUUCAGACUAUAAGUAAAUCAAUUCCAGCAAAAGGCGUACCUUUGGGGAUACCCAUACCAUUCUCCAAAUUCAAUUGGCGAGAUGAAUCCAACAAUAUUACCACCUCCGCUGGGGAUUCCAGUGAUCCAGUCUUUGUUAUUGAUGCUUCUGCAGUGGCCAAUUUGCCCACAUUGAAUGACUCCCCAAUCAAAAAAUACUACAACGAAUUACCAAAACGGAUACCGUUGGUAAUUCAGAGAACUAUCAAGGAAUCGGAUAUUUACAACAUUCCGAAAAUUAAUAUAAUUUUCGUUUUGGACGCAGAAAUGCAAAGAUCAGAAAUUAUAACCAAUUUAAAACAUCUUACGGAAAUCAGCGGAAGAUUACACCAUGUUGAUAUGAUGCCGAUAUUUCUUGAAGUCGUUUCUACUAUUGGCAGCCAAGAUACAGACAUGAUUCCGCCCUCCAAAGCUCUUGAAGUUUUUAUCAAUCGAAUUUCAUCCGAAAUCAUAAACGUUGAUGCCGUUCUCGUCACGGGACAUUUCUCAAUCAGGUUCAACGAAUCAGCGGUGUUAUCCUUCUAAUGGACCCCAACUUUCAGUUAUUUGAAUGUGAUGACGAUUCUACAAAUGACGAUCCCAACAAGGAAUUGAAAAUGAUGUCGGAUGCCACUGAUGAACAGCUGAGUCAUUUUCGAUCAAACAUUUUCCCUGUUAUUCAGUUCUUCAAACAGGAAGAACUUCUCCACGUGGUCACUCUUGAACGAUCUUUCCUGGAAAUUUUCCACGAUAUUUACGAUAAAGUUCUGUUGAUCCUGUCACGACUUCCUCAGUCACCUACACAUGAAAUAAUGACGGAGGCGAAAGAAGUUGUGGAGGCUAUUACACUACUCACGUCACCUGUUCGUAAUAAUUCUUCAAUUAACCGACGAGAAUUCAGUUCAAAGGAGAGAUCAAGGGUCGUCAAUAAGUCUUCAAACCAACACCACAAGGCCUUG